CAAACACACGCAAGAAGGAUUUUACCGGGUUCGAAGUCCAGGGCAGUUGCGGUCGAUCGUCAAGUGUGUGUAGGAUAGUACAAUAAUUAUGUUUUUAUGUUAUGACUGGGCCAUACAAUGCAAUACGGUUAAUCAACGCGUUUAACGGUAUUCGUCGUAUCGUACCGAUAUCAAAUACUGUAUCCGGUAACAAACCGGACAGGAAGCCGACUCAUUUUGUACCUUAUGCAACUGCACAGUUGUCUGUGAAAAUGCGGCCGAAACUUAUGUGGUUGGCUUUGGCAUGUGUCCUAGCGGUCAAAUACGUUGAUGCGGCUGGUUGUCAAAAGCAGUCGAACAAAGAUAUCCAUGGCGGACAGGCCAUCCGGGAUGUUAGUGGGCGACGGGAAUCGGAUUGUUGUCAGUUGUGUCGCGAGACAUCGGGUUGUAAAGCUUAUGCAUGGAACAGUUAUCAGGGUGGAACCUGCUGGUUGAAAUCCGCUAGCGGGCCGAUUGUCGAUGCUGCCGGCACUUCCAUCGGGAUCCUUGAUGGAUCAGGAGGAAAUCCCGGAGGAAGCGGUGUGGGACAAUUGGGCAUCUGCUACAGUCCCUUCCACCACCCCAACUACGGCAGCGCCGCCACCAUCCGCAGCGUCCUAACCGAGGACAUCAAAAAGAUCAAAUCCCUGGGCUUCAACUCCAUCCGCACGUACUAUGCCGAAUACUUCGGCCAGUCCAUUGCCGACAUCCUCAACGAACAGGGCGGGGUCACCGCGGCACUGGGUAUCUACAUGUACCCCGACCACGCCGACUGGAUCGACGCCCAGAUCAACACCGCCGCAGCGGCCGCCAAGCGCUACCCCGGACUGAUCAAAGCCAUCUACGUCGGCAAUGAGAACAUCCCUCCGGUGGGCGGUUUCUCGGUCGACAGCCUGAUUGGCUACAUUAACAAGAUGAAGCAGAAGCUCAGUCAACAGGGCGUGUCGGUGCCGGUUGGGACGGUGCAGCGCUACACGGAGUGGGUAUCGGGACGGGAGGAUGUAAAGCGGCUGGUUAAUGCCUGUGAUGUGAUCGGGGCGAAUUUGUAUCCGUUCUUCAAUGCCGGCACGAAUCCAGCGGAUCCGGUCCCAGUGUUUGACAGCCAGUUGCAGAGUGUCAAGAAUAAAUUCCCCGGGAAGCGCAUCGAGAUUACGGAGACGGGAUGGCCGUCGGGCGGGAGUACGUGCAAUGGGUCCAGUCAGCCGCGCAGUGUCGAUCAGAUUAGGAGCUAUUUCCAGAAGAUGCGGGACUGGAGCAGGAGUCACUCGGAGAAGGUGUACUAUUUCCAGGAUUUCAAUAAGGUCACCAAUCCGGGUAACGACUGUGAGAACUAUUUUGGAAUAAUGGACGCUUAUGGAAAUAAAAAGUUUGACAUUUGAGUUGGGGGCUUUUACUGCACGAUUGGCUCAUAACGCGGUGCGUUCUCAUUUUACAAAUAACUGAUUUAGAUCGUUCUAUAUAUUAUGACGAAGUUUCCGUUUGUAAGAUACUGUACUAGUACUGGGUGUAAUACUGACACCUAGUAACGAUCUUUGAAGUUUGGAGCGACUGACCGUGAGUAAUACUGUAUUAUAAAAAAGUAACUACGGUUGACCUUUUAUUACUACAGUACUGUACAGAUAUGUACGAUUCACAUCGUUCACGGAGAUUGCAUAAAAGUA